AUGGCUUGGAGCGCACAACCGACACCUUCUUUUAUUCUCAAGCUGAGGUAGAAAGAAAGAGUGACUGCAACUGUGGCAUUGCUAAUAAACAAACCAGAUCUCCCAUGUGAAGACAGAGUGAAUAAAGAGCAAGAAAGCAAAGGGCUUUCUUUGAUUCUCUAAGACCAUGAGAUAGCAUUGUGUGUGUUCAUUGCAUCUUCCUUGUUCUGCUCCGAGCUCAUUUUCAUGUAGACCAAGCAACAAGCACAGAAAACAGAGAUAUAGCUCAAUCUCUCUCUUGAAUAUUAUGGGAUCUUUGGGACUUGACAAUGAAAAUUUAGGAACAGAUGUUUACUUCUCUUUGGGGCUCAAACAAUCAGGCAAAGGAGCUAUGAAGUUUCCUCCCCGGGUUCUGUCACCGCUCUCUUCACUUCUUGAGAGAUCUGUUCAGAGCAAUGAGAUGCAUAUGGAGGCAGCAGAAAUCAAGGAAGUUACAAUAUUUCAUGGUUUAAGAGCACCCCCUUUGAGCAUUCGACAAUACAUUGAUCGCGUUUUUAAGUACUCUGGCUGUAGCCCUUCAUGUUUUGUUGUUGCCAAGAUCUAUGUGGAUAGAUAUCUUCAGUCAACACAAGUGCAUUUGACUUCUUUCAAUGUUCACCGACUUCUGAUAACAAGUGUGAUGCUGGCAGCAAAAUUUAUUGAUGAUGCAUUCUUUAACAAUGCAUACUAUGCCAAAGUGGGAGGAGUCACCACAGCAGAGUUGAAUAGGUUGGAGAUGAAGUUUUUGUUUAAUAUAGAUUUCAGACUUCAAGUUAGUAUAGACACAUUCAAGAAAUACUGUUCUCAGCUAGAAAAGGAAGAUGCAGUACACCAGAUUGAACGUUCAAUCCAAGCUUGUGGUGUCAAGGAGGAUGAGAUUGUCAUAUCCUCCUCUCAACGCAUGAUUACAUGAUUUUUCUUAAUUGCAAUUAGUUAGAAAGAAAUUUGAUUGUUUAGCGCGUGUGCCACGAAAAGCACUUCAAAGAACCAUUCUUUAGGUAUCAUUUCAAUUUGUGCAGAGUAAAGUUUCUCUCUUUUACUUUUUUCAAGGCUUGUAAGAACAGAUUGUUCAACUUUAUGGUAAAGGAAGCGUGAGCAGUGAGUCGUCCAUUGUUCUUGGUUGGAGGUACUGCUCAUUGUUAGUUUGCA